UGUCUAUCUCCUGCACGUGGAUUUAGAACUGUGAUUUCUUUGAUCUUUGAUUUCUUGAAGUACAGCAUGGGAGACAAAGUUUUACUGGUCGGUGGUGGAGGAAGGGAGCAUGCUAUUGGAUGGAAGCUUUCCCAAUCAAAUCAUGUUGGACAAAUCUUUGUUGCACCGGGCAAUGCGGGAAUUUCUUUACAACCGAAAACACAGAAUAUCCCUUCUCUCGAUUGUAACAACAACGAAAGCGUCAUUAAAUAUUGUUUAGAGAACAAAAUAGACUUUGUUAUCAUAGGACCUGAAGUACCACUAGCUAAUGGCUUAGCAGAUGCGCUGCGUGAUAUGAAAAUUCCAUGUUUUGGCCCAAGUCGCAGGGCUGCACGGAUUGAGGCAAGCAAACAGUUCGCCAAAGAGUUCAUGCUGCGCUACGGUAUUCCUACCGCGCGCUGGAAGGCCUUCACAGAUCCAGAGGAAGCGUUUCAACAUAUUGAAUCAGCUGAUUAUGAAGCUCUAGUGAUAAAAGCCAGUGGUUUAGCAGCUGGGAAAGGUGUGGUUGUUGCCAGUAGCAAAGAAGAGGCUGUCAAAGCUGUCAGAGAAAUGCUACAGGACAAGAUAUUUGGUGAGGCAGGGUCAACAAUAGUCAUAGAGGAAAAAUUAGAAGGAGAGGAAGUUUCUGUACUCUGUUUUACUGAUGGUAAGACAAUUGCUGUGAUGCCGCCUGCUCAAGAUCAUAAACGCUUGUUGGACAAUGAUCAGGGUCCUAAUACAGGAGGAAUGGGUGCAUAUGCACCCUGUCCCCAGGUUUCCAUGCAUCUGAAGGAAGAAAUUGCCAGAGAUGUUCUUCAGAAGGCAGUUGAUGGUUUACGAGAAGAAGAGUGUCCAUUUGUUGGAGUUCUGUUUGCUGGAAUGAUGUUGACAGCCAAUGGACCUAAGGUUCUGGAGUUUAAUUGUCGGUUUGGUGACCCAGAGACACAGGUUAUAUUGCCAUUACUGAAGAGUGAUCUCUAUGCAACCCUUAUGGAAUGUGUAAAUGGUGAGCUUAGCCUUUCCUUACCCCAGUGGCACACAGACAGGUUUGCAGUGGGUGUGGUUGCAGCUAGUGGUGGAUAUCCUGGUUCAGUGAAGAAAGGGUGCAUCAUCAAGGGAUUGAAAGACUUAGAGGGUCUAAAUAAUGUAGUGGUGUUUCAUGCUGGGACAGCCAUCCAAAGGAAAGAAGAUGAGGAAGCUUUAGUUACUUCUGGCGGAAGGGUGAUGGCAGUUGUUGGCAUGGCCUCAGGAAUAGAAGAUGCUCAGAAAACAGCAUAUGAUAGUAUCAAGAGGAUUGCGUUUGAGGGGAUUCAGUACAGGAAGGAUAUUGCAUCUAGAGCUUGCAAAGCUAGAGCCCUGACUUAUUCUGGUGCUGGAGUGAACAUAGACGCUGGCAACCUUCUGGUGAAUGCGAUCAAACCCCUAGCUGCUUCUACAGCACGCACAGGUUGUACAGCUGAUCUUGGUGGCUUUGGAGGCUUCUUUGAUCUCAAGGCUGCUGGUUACUCAGAUCCAUUGCUUGUUAGUGGCACAGAUGGUGUUGGAACUAAACUCAAGAUUGCACAGACUGUUGGCAUGCACGGCUCAGUUGGUAUUGAUCUGGUUGCAAUGUGCGUGAAUGACAUUCUUGCACAUGGUGCUGAGCCAUUGUACUUCCUGGAUUACUUUGCAACUGGAAAGUUAGAUGUGGGUGUUGCCAAGGAAGUGAUUCAUGGUAUAGCACAGGGCUGUUCCCAAGCUGGGUGUGCUCUUCUAGGAGGAGAAACAGCAGAAAUGCCAGGGAUGUACUUAUCUGGAGAAUAUGACAUGGCUGGUUUUGCUGUGGGAGCUGUUGAACGUGACAAGGUUCUUCCAAGGACACAGGAGAUAAUUGUAGAUGAUGUAGUCAUUGGUUUAGCAUCAUCUGGUAUCCACAGUAAUGGCUUCAGCUUAGUCAGGAAAAUAAUUGAGAAAGCUGGACUGAGUUAUGAUUCUCCGUGUCCUUUUCCAACCACUGAAGGCCUGCAGUCUGUCACUAAAUUAGGUGAAGCUCUUCUUUCACCCACCAAGAUUUACUGUCAUGCUCUUCUUCCCCUGAUGCAUGCUGAGAAGAUCAAGGCUUUUGCACAUAUAACAGGAGGAGGUUUAAUCGAAAACAUUCCUCGUGUCCUGCCCCAUGGUUUGGGGGUGUCACUUGAUGCUAGCUCUUGGAGCAUGCCGUCAGUGUUCGGGUGGUUAUUUGGACAAGGGAAUGUAGCAACACACGAAAUGGUGCGGACUUUCAACUGCGGUAUCGGAGCAGUCCUUAUUGUUGGUCAAGACACUGCUACUUCGGUUAUGGAACAUCUUUCAGCGUUGAACGAAAAAGCUUGGAUUAUAGGAAAGGUCACUGAAAAUAGGGAAGACGUUGACAGAGUUAUUGUUAACAAUCUUGAAAGUGUGCUGUGCGAGUCUGCUAAAAGCGCAGACAUUAAACACCAGGAUGACAAUGAAACUGUUAAACGACCAAAACUAAGCAGCGUGGUAAUGGAGCGUAGAAAGAAAAUGAAAGUAGGGGUACUAAUCUCAGGCUCAGGAACAAACUUGCAAGCUCUGAUCGAUCACAGCUUACGGGAGGGCAGUAGUGCAGAGAUUGCUGUGGUCAUAUCAAACGUGCCUGGAGUUCAGGGUCUAACGCGGGCUCAAACAGCUGGUAUACCAACUAAAGUAAUCAAGCACAAAGAUUUCAAAAGCCGUUUGGAUUUUGACAUGGCAGUGCAUGCAGCAUUGGAAGAAGCUGGAGUAGAACUGGUUUGUUUAGCAGGAUUUAUGAGAAUUGUAACCGGCGAGUUUGUUCGAAAGUGGCGUGGUCGGCUGCUGAAUAUUCAUCCCUCUCUACUUCCUUCAUUCAAAGGCAUGCAUGCGCACAAACUUGUCUUGGAGGCAGGUGUGCGCAUAUCAGGGUGUACGGUUCACUUUGUGGAGGAAGAGGUUGACGCAGGGGCAAUAGUGGCUCAAGAAGCAGUCGAAGUUAAACACAAUGACACAGUGGAAACACUGCAAGAAAGAGUAAAAACCGCCGAGCACAGAGCUUACCCGCGGGCUAUGGAACUGCUUGCCAGUGGUAGAAUAAAACUUAAUGACGAAAACAAAGUCCAGUGGAUGUGGUAGUCCCACCACACACAAGUGUUUGAACUAAGUGUCUUAUUCUAGGCUACUUCAGCAAUAUUAUAAGCUGAGUGCUAUAAUUAGGUGAAGGGCAUUAAGUAUUAAAGUAUGCUUGGCUUUAUUAAGUGAAGACAUGAAAGUGGCAUGGAAAUGUUAGUAGAUGAGAGGGAUCCGUGCACUUGUAAAGCAUUCAUGUAGAAAUAAAGUUUUUGCCCGAGAUAUUGUUAAACGACUGUCCGAUAG